ACGAAGGGAAAUUCGCAAAUGACAACAUUGCAAUGUGGUUGUUGGAACGAUGGAUUAAUUGACUGUUCUUGUGGUGAUAAUCCAUCUCUAAUGCGAUUAGAUGGUUAGAUAAACCACAAAGCUUGAUGAUGUCAACUGACAAGUUAUUCCUGCCUCCGGAAUGGAAGGACGAUCAGAAGAUGACAGUGUUGUUUGCGCCUUUCCGCGACAGAUCUCUCAACCCACAAUCAUGGGACAGAAAGUUGAAAUUUUGGACUCAUGUCAUCAGUGAAGAUUGUCGACAGAAUAACCGUAUAAUUGUUGAUGUGAAGGAACUACAAAGUCGUUUUGUGCGAAAUGGGAAAAAACCUGGCUGUCUUGAUGUUGUUGGAGCAGAAAUGCAAAGAAGUGGCAAGUUACACAAGCUGUCCUACUAUCAGAAAGCAGGGAACUCCAGCUGGUUGGGGUGGGGCUUCAACACAUUUGUGUGGCAGCCCAUGUCUUGGGGUCUCGGGGUGGUGUGGAGGAAGUCUGAAGACAGUUCGGAGCCUCGGGUUCUGCAUCAGCUGCUAAUGGAGAAGUGUGAUGAGCUGGUGUGUGGCCACUACGACACUGUGGAGCAUGAGUCCACUGACAACCUGGUGGAACUGGGGGCUCUCCGCUCCCAGCAUGCAUCACUUGGCUUAUCUGACAGGGAGUUCGACCUAGUUGUCCAGCAGCUGGCGCAAGACAAGAAGGUGGUGGUCACACAGACCAAGGAGAGAGACACUGUUGUGAAGUUCUGCAAGAAGGGAGAUAAGCGUGUUGGCCCUGUGAGCGAAGUGGAGCUCAAUGUCUUCAGGAUCCAGAAGGUGCAGAAGAACCUGGAGAAGCAGACGGAGGUUCUAUCUCAGCAAUGUGACAAACUGAGGAAUGAAGCCAGGUGUCAUGUCAAGGAAGGCAAGAAGACACUGGCCCUCCAGUCACUACGCAGGAAGAAGAGGGUGGAACAGACUCUGAGUCAGAAGAUGGCGUCCAUUGACCAGCUGCACAACAUGAUGACGAAAAUACAGGAUGCUGCUACGAAUGAAAUGAUACUCAAAGCUUACAAUUCUGGGAUGUCUGCCAUCAAGUCGCUUAACCAGGAGACGCCCGUCGAGAAAGUGGAGAAUGUUGUUGACAACCUGCACGAUGCUCUGGAAGAUCAAGGGGAGAUAACUCAGCUGAUAUCACAGGAUCUGUCAUCAAGUGAUGCCUCUGAAGAUGGCCUUGAGAAGGAGCUGAGUGACCUCCUGGUCGCUGACCAGCGGGCAAUGGAAGAGGAAGGUGACAACCUGGCAUCCAUAUUGAAGGACUAGUCAUCCAUGAUACAAUUCCCGACCUGCCGGAUGUGCCAUGUUUCUCACCUUCAAAAGAUGACUCAACAGAAGCAAGGGGGACAACUCUUCAGAAGCCUGUAGCAGCAACAAACUGACACCAGUGCAAAACUUACUUUAGUGCUUUCAACAUAUUUUACUGCAUCAUGUAGGGAGCUCUGCAUUUCAUGAACAUCCAGCCACACAGAAUCGUACCUAGUUGUUGUUCCACAAUGUAAAUAACAAUUGUAUAUAAUAUUUUUGAAACAUCA